CGUUCUUCCCAUCUCCCAUGUCCGCCCUUGGUUCACGCAUGUACGCAUGUGAUUGAAGGUCGGGGUCUCCUUGCUGCAUCAGGUUUGCAGCCACCGAGCGGCACUACAGAACACCUCCAUCUGAACUUGUCACCAUACAUAAGUUCCACAAUUAGUGUUGCAGAUGGCACGUCGCCUUCUGAUCGCCAGCCUCGUCGGGGCCAGCGGUGCGUCCGGCUUGACCUCUGCUAGCGACCUUGAGUUGGUGCAGAUUUCCAGGACGACUCUGAAAACAUCGAGGGAUGAGUUGGGAAGGGAUUUCUUCACGCAUGCUGGCGUGCCUAUAUACCCCCGUAUGGUCGAUGACGAACGUGAGGCCAAAGCUGAAAAGGUGUGGAUGUUCAUGCUGAAGAAGGAUGCAACUGACGCGGAGCUGGAAGCUCUUCUACAGGAACUCCAUCCGACGUCGAUGAAGACCAAUCCAGGCAAGGGCGAGUUGCCGUUUGUGGAGGGGCGCUUGACGGAUGACGAGCUCGCUACUUUGCUAGAGAAUCAUCCCGGGCUCGUGACGAAUGUCGAGCAGGACGAGCUUGAGCCACGGAUCACAGAGCACAUCGACAAAGAAGAGCAUUUGGAGAGGCGGACCUACCCGUGGGGCAUCCAAGACAUCAAUGCGGACGUGGUUAGGGGACGGGGCGCAGGGGUGCACGUGUAUGUGUUGGACACAGGCAUUCGUACCACCCACGUCUCGUUCGGCGGCCGGGCCUUUGCUGGAGUGGACGUGGCCGCCACGGGGACCCUAACGGUGUGCACGCCGAGCAGCACGACCUGCGCUGCAGACAACCACUUUCACGGCACCCACUGCGCGGGCACGGUGGGGGCUUCGACGUAUGGCGUCGCGGAUGGCGCGACCCUCUGGGCAAUGAAGGUUCUCGAUGACACCGGCUACGGCUACACCUCUUGGUCCAUUGCAGCCGAGCAGUGGGUCUUGUCGUCAGGCUCAAGGCCAGCUGUGGUCAGCAUGAGUCUCGGGGGCGCUGGCAAUUUCGUAUCGGAGGCGACCUCUAUUCCCCCCUGGGCCGUCGACAUGUUGGUGGACGAUGGCAUUACCGUGGUGGUGGCUGCAGGGAACCAAAACGAUGACGCGUGCGGCUACAACCCUGCAUACGUGCCGUCGGCGAUCACGGUGGCAUCUUACGCUAGUGGCGGGGCCAAGUCUAGUUUCAGCAACUACGGCUCUUGCGUUGACGUCUGGGCUCCGGGCUCGGACAUUCUCUCGACGCACUUCACCAGUGACGUUGCCCUGGCUUACGCUUCGGGUACGUCCAUGGCCUGUCCGCACGUUUCCGGGCUUGCUGCCAUCAUGUACGAGGCGCAUCCAACGGCGGGGAGCAUGACCGCCGCACAGAGGUGGGCUCUCUUGACGGCCGUGAACCGCACUGACUAUGUCACAGGCAUUCCCACGACCCCUGCCACUGUUAAUCUGGUGGCCUUGGCGCCGACACCGACGCCCAGCCCGACGCCUAGCCCGAUGGCAAGCCCGACGCCGAACCCGACGACGAGCCCGACGCCCAGCCCGACGCCGAAUCCGACGCCGAGCCCGACGCCCAGCCCGACGCCGAGCCCGACGCCCAGCCCGACGCCGAGCCCGACGCCCAGCCCGACGCCCAGCCCGACGCCGAGCCCGACGCCGAACCCGACGCCCAGCCCGACGCCGAGCCCGACGCCCAGCCCAACGCCAAGCCCGACGCCCCACCCAGCGGGACCAGGGCCUGUGCAGGCGACUGGCGACCCGCACCUGGUCAACGUGCAUGGACAGCGCUUCGACAUCUACCGACCCGGCGUCCACGUCCUCCUCCACAUCCCGCGGGGCGCGGCGCCGAGCGCCACGAGGCUGCACCUUGCGGCGGACGCCAAGCAGUUGGGCGCCGCGUGCGAGGAGCUAUACUUCCGGGCAGUGAACGUGACGGGCGAGUGGGUGGAGCAGGCCCGCAGCUCGGCGACCGAUCUCGACGAGUUCGCGCCGGGAGCUCGCGGCGGGCCCGCUCCCGGCCUCGAGUUCUUCGCGGAGGCGGCGGGCACGCGGAGCAGCACGCCGUGGAUGCAGUUCGGCAGGGUGGGCCUCAAGGUGGUGUGGGGCCACACGGCUGGGGGCAUCAAGUAUCUCAACGUUCUUCUCAAGCACGUGAGCCAGGCUGGCUUUACGGUCGGUGGGCUCCUCGGCGAGGACGACCAUACUUUCGUGUCCAGCCGGAACUCUGCGUGCAGGCACGUCGUCGCCCUGCACCCCGACGGGCCUGCCGAUCUGUCGCGAAUCGUGGACUAGCCCGACUGCGCAGGGCAGCGAACUGCGAUCGGGUUCGCCAGCGCUCAAUUAGAAAGUGGCAGGGUCAGAGGGUCCUCGCUCUUCAGACGGUAUGGCGCUCUUUAGACACGUCUCGGUGGAAACCCAUCGAUCGUGUGGGGGCGCAUGGUGUUUGAUGGUCGGGUCUCGUGCAAGAGGCACGGCGCACGCCGUCUUGGAAGGCCACCCCUCUCACCCUGGCCCAGCCUGUCUCGUCACCAAGUGGUGAAAAGCGCAGGGGAGUGGUGCUCGCCGGCUUAUCAACUUAUAGAUCUGGCUGUGAAGCGGGGGGAGCGGCGGAGGAGGGCGGGCAGCAGAAGUAGGAUAGGUAGCAUAGCCGAGACAUCCAGUCUAGCGCAUGGCUUGCUCUUUGUGGGCAGGUACGCGCUCUGCCAGUCUAGGACGCCGUCCUUGUUUGCUGAUUUGUAGUGCGCUUGCGUGGGG